AGGCUACCGGUGCUAUUUACCUUUUCAAUUUCAUAUUUUUCUUGCUUUUCAAUUAUAUAUUCCUGCAACUCCAUAAACGUUACGCUAAAACUCACUCAUCUCCUUUUGCCAAAAAAAAAAAGACUAGACAAGAAAAACCAAACACAACAAAAACAAAACAACAAUGGCAGCUGAAACAAGCUCUGCUACUUUAUCUCCAAUCAAAACAGUGGUUGUUUUGGUUCAAGAGAACCGUUCCUUUGACCACAUGUUAGGCUGGUUCAAAACUCUAAACCCGGAAAUCGACGGCGUUACAGGAUCCGAAUCCAACCCAAUUUCCACCUCCGAUCCCAACUCAACCCAAGUCAACUUCCAGGACAAAGCUGGCUAUGUUGAUCCUGACCCUGGCCACUCAUUUCAGGCCAUAUAUGAACAAGUAUCAGGCAAAACAUGGGAUACCAACAAUCCGGAUCCGAACCCGGAGAUAAAAAUGAAUGGUUUUGUACAAAACGCUGAACGAACAAAGCCAGGGUUGUCGGAGACUGUCAUGAAUGGGUUCAAACCGGAGGCAGUGCCGGUGUUUAAGGAGUUGGUGACAGAGUUCGCUGUGUGUGAUCGUUGGUUCGCGUCGUUGCCGGCGUCGACGCAGCCUAACAGGCUUUAUGUACACUCAGCAACGUCGCAUGGGGCGAUGAGCAACAACACACAGCAGCUCAUUGAAGGGUUUCCUCAAAAAACUAUAUUUGAAUCAUUGGAAGAGAAUGGAUUUAGCUUUGGGAUUUAUUAUCAAUCUUUUCCAUCUACGGCUUUUUACAGGAACCUUAGGCAAUUGAAAUAUGUGGACAAUUUCCAUCAAUAUGAUCUAAGCUUCAAGCGCCACUGUGAGAAAGGGAAGUUACCAAAUUAUGUGGUGAUUGAGCCUAGAUAUUUUGACAUUUUAACAGCUGCUGCAAAUGAUGACCACCCUUCUCAUGAUGUAUCAGAGGGCCAGAAGCUAGUGAAGGAAAUCUAUGAGGCACUUAGAUCAAGUCCACAGUGGAAUGAAAUCUUGUUGCUGGUUAUAUAUGAUGAACAUGGUGGUUUUUAUGACCAUGUGCCAACGCCUACUGGGGUCCCUAGUCCGGAUGAUCUUGUUGGUCCUGAGCCUUAUUACUUCAAGUUUGAUCGCCUUGGUUGCAGGGUUCCUGCCAUUAUGGUUUCUCCCUGGAUUGAGCGUGGAACAGUGUUGCAUAGGCCAUCCGGGCCAGAUCCUACAUCAGAGUUCGAGCAUUCCUCAAUUGCAGCAACACUUAAAAAGAUUUUCAAUCUGAAAGAAUUUCUAACAAAGCGUGAUGCCUGGGCUGGUUCCUUUGAUAUUGUUGUGAAUAGAAGUAGCCCAAGAACAGAUUGUCCAGAAAAAUUGCCUGAGCCUGUGAAAAUGAGAGACACUGAUGCAAAAGAAACCGCGAAACUAAGUGAUUUUCAGGAAGAAUUAGUACAAGCAGCAGCAGUAUUGAAGGGAGAUCACUUGAAAGACAUUUAUCCAUUCAAACUGGUUGAGAACAUGACAGUCUCAGCUGGUCUCAAGUAUGUUGAAGAUGCCUUCAAGAAAUUCUAUGAUGAUGGCAAGAAAGCAAAGGAAAUCAAUGGAGCUGAGGAUUCUGUUCCAGCUGAUGCACCUACUAGGACAACAACCAAAACUUUCAUGCAGAAGGUUUUCUCUUGUUUGAUCUGUGAUCACUGAUCAAACAACAAAACAAGAUCAUCUCAAUCUGCCAAGUUUUCAUCAACCAUUUUCUAGAGUGUUGUGCAUCUUAAUUUUGUGUUGCAAUGCUGCAAUUUGAAGUACUUUGGAAGGGUUUAACAAGUUUGUGGGAACCAGAAAAAGCCAGGCUCCAUUUGCAUUUUGUGGAAGGAUUUUUUUUUUCUUUUUUAUCACCAUUUUUGCUAUACUUUCUUCUCCUUCAACCAAACUUUUUGGUACAUUAGAUUUUCACAUUUAUGUAUCUUCUUUUGGCCAAUCACUUUCUGUAUUAGAGCAUACAUAUGUGAAAAGCCUUUAGACCUAUAAUUAAUUUUUGUAGAAAUAUUUUUCUAAAAUUUGUUACAAUUUACAA